AUGUUCAACCAGCACUUUGGCACGGAUCGGACCCUCGAAUCCAUCGAAUUGUUCAUUUUCAAGUGCGAUGACCGUCAAUUCUUCGACCUUACCGAGCAGGCGCAGGACUACAAGAGGUGGUGCACACCUCACCCGAUGUCGCCUAUCGUCCCUCCCUCUAUGGUGCUUGGCACAGCAGAGUGGCGUACCGAAUUACGUGCCUUCUUGGUCUUUCAGGCCAGCAACAAUGUGACACUCACAGAUUUGAAGGAAAGCUUCAGCGCCACCUUCCCCGAAGAGUCGCGAACCUCCGGGCAAAUCAGUAUCCAGCUAGCCCAUAUCAACCAGCAACAAAGGCUCGUCCGCCAGCUCGAAUGGUUUGCCGCAACCUACCGCUGGCACCCCUCCUACGUGGCACCUGCUAGCGCCACCGCAGCGUUUGAGGCUGACGCCAAAGCUGCUGCUAGAGCAAGGCUCGGUCAGGACAAACAACAGGCUAAAGACUACGUUGACAAUGAGGCAGCGUUGACUGCUCAGCUAGAGUCCUUGAACCAGCAUUCCCAUUCAUUGGCCAUGAGCAACACGGGCAAUGCCUCAGCAUCUGAGGAACUUGCCAUCGCUGAUCAAAGCACCAAUCAGUUCGGCGAGUCCGUCUCGGGCUUUGACUCUCCUUCGGCUACCAUUAUUGCAGACUUUGUCGAACCCUUUGCUGCCAAUUUUUCAGGUUCAGCAAUCUCAAAGAUAUUGCGCCAAGCGUUCACAGAGCCUGCACCAGGUCUCACAUACGACGAGGCCUUGGCCAUUCAGACUGGCCUUUUUGCAGAGAGCGCUCGCGCAACUUCUACCGCCGCCCCAGGGUCUGGUGCCCCUGCCCAACUGCCAUCAAGGAGCUCACAUGCCCUCGAAAUAGACCCGGGCACGCUGCAGGGCGUGCUAGGAGCUCAAGCGCGGGAAGAUAUGAUACACGGGCAGAGGGAGGAGUGA